UAGAGGUGGUGUGCUGUUUAGUGACUUUGGAGGUUUUGUUGCGUACUGCUGGAGCUGGCAACCAUUACCAGAGUGGUCACACUAAUGGAAGCAGCACAACUUUCUCAGUCUCCCUGUUCCUGUGUUUUAGAGGCCAGCACUCAGCCCAGCCAGGUUGUGGAGUGUGGAGCAUGGGUCGCUUCGUCAUCUUCCAGCCCAGUAGGUCCUGAGAGGAGCCGCAGGUUUGAUCAUGAAGCAGGUGGUGGAGUGAAGGAGAGGAGAACAGGAAGCCCGGAUUCAAGCCAAUCCAGUGAGGGAAAGUGUGGGGCUGAGCCGAGGAUCCGGAGGCCCAUGAAUGCCUUUAUGGUGUGGGCUAAGGAUGAACGCAAGCGGCUGGCAUUGCAGAAUCCAGAUCUACACAACGCCGUGCUAAGCAAGAUGCUAGGCCAGUCCUGGAAGGCUCUGAGCACACUGGACAAGCGUCCCUUCGUAGAGGAAGCCGAACGUCUCCGACUGCAACAUCUUCAUGACCAUCCCAACUACAAAUACCGGCCUCGGCGCAAAAAGCAGCCCAAAAAGAUAAAGCGAGUGGAGCCUGGCCUGCUUCUCCAUGGUCUUGGUGGAUGCUCUGGGACUGGAGAUGCCUACCCCCAGCACCCUCAUCCCCACCACCUUCUACCCUCUUUGGGCCAUUUCCGAGAACUUCAUCCUGGAUCUGGUGCACAGGAUCUGGAGAUCUAUGGCCUCCCCACGCCUGAGAUGUCUCCUCUGGACGUGCUGGAGGAGGGCGGAGGAGACUCUGUCUUCUUUCCCCCUCACAUGCAGGAUGAUGUGGGCUUGGCACCUUGGGUCAACUAUCACCAGCACCAACAGCAAAGCCAAAGCCACCAUGCUAACCACCAUCCCCCAAAUAUCCACUCUCUCCACCACUCCCACCCCCACCCCCACCUCAACCAGAAACCUGCACCAGGUUGCCGUUCCAUGCACGAGAAAUGCUCAGAACCUACGAACCCUCACAAUCUCUUCCCUUCCCAUUCCAGUAUAAGUCUCCCAGAAGAGGCUAAGGUCCCACAACCCUCUAGUGUUCCACUUCAAAGUGUUUACUAUGGUCAGAUUUAUGGAAACACCCCACAACAGCCCUUCACCUCUCAACUUGGCCAACUUUCUCCCCCUCCAGAAUCUUCCACCCCGGUUCCUACUCCCUCUGCCUCCCAGGUUCCACCACCCUCCCUGGACAAUAAUGACCAUCUAGGACCUUCGGCAGAUUUCUGGAGCGAAGUGGACCAUCAUGAGUUUGAGCAGUAUUUGAGUGCCAGCAGGACUCGAGUAAACAGGAGCACUGCAUGUGAAGAGAGCAGCACGCUCAUAUCAGCCCUGUCUGAUGCCAGCAACGCUGUCUACUACAGCGCCUGUAUUACUGGAUAAAGACUUCUAGCAAAUGCUAGUUUUAAAAUCAGGUGUAUAUGAUUUUUUUGUGUGCAAGAAUAUCAGUUUAUUUGAUUAACUGUGUUGGCCUGGUUAAAUUUUCCUCCUAAGUGUCAAGUGAGUCAUUUCAAAUGUUGUUAAGGAGAUUGAAUAUUUGGUUGUUUUUUUUUUUUUUAGAAGUUGCGGAAGAAUACGUGUACAUUACAGACUACAGAAAGAUGUUUCUUUUUGCACCUUUUUUAAGGGCUUUAUGACAUAUAGUUCUCAAGGCCACAGUCAGUUUUUCAACAGUUUAGCAGACUACAUUCAGCUACAGUAUUCAUAUAUACCAGUCACAGCAAUGUUCAUAUCAGAUGAGGCUACAAUAGCAGGGACAAUAAGAAUGUGAAUGUUUCUUUCAUUUUCUCAGAGGGUUUUGUAUUUACAUAUUUGUUUUUUUAAUCUUUCUUUUAUAUAAUUGUUAAAAAAUAUUAUGUUUGCACUGGGUCAGAAUGUUUUGAACUGUAUGAGAAACCACUCGAAACUCCUUAAUUCUGCACUUGAUGUCUCUCAAGCAAAGAAAGUCAUGUUCAUGAAAGAGACCACAAAAUCAUCUCUGGAAUUUGGAUCUCUUGAAGACUGUAAUUUAUUGUGUAUUUUCUUGCCAUAUGACUGAAAAGGUCAUUUAGUAUAUAUGUAUUUUAUUAAUCCUCUGUAAAUGUAUUCUGUAAUCCUCUGAGUCAGCAAUUGAGAGACAUGUUGAGUUAGUAAUAACUUUCCAGCUUUUGGUAGUAAUUAUCUUCAAAUAGAAGUGUUUUCAAUAAAAAAAACUGUCUCUCAGCCAUUAAAUCAAAACAAGUAAUUGGAAACACACAAUUCAUUUCAUAGAAUCAUUUUCCCACACUGAAGAGGACAUGCAUUUUGAUUUUAUACAUGUGAAUAGUUUUUGCAUUUUAAGUUUUGUUCUCAAAAAUGCAUUUGUAUUGCACAUCCACACAUUUCACUGAGUAUUUUUCAAAAAUAAAGGCUUAAAACAUGA